AUGGUGUCAACACAGCUUACUGACUUGCUCGCAGAGGGCCGUGUUGCGUUCGUAACAGGCGGUGCUGGCGAUAUCUGCAGCGCUCAGACACGGGCAUUGGUGUACCUGGGUGCCGACGCGUGCAUCAUCGGGCGCAACGUGACGAAGACAGAGGCCAAAGCCAAGGACAUUGCCACGGUGCGCAAGGGUGCCAAGGUCAUCGGCCUCGGCAAUGUCGAUGUUCGGAAUUUUGAAAGUCUGAAGCAGGCGGCUGACCGCUGUGUGGCGGAGCUGGGCAGCAUCGAUUUUGUCAUAGACAGCGCGGGUGCGGCCGGCAACUUUGUGUCCUCGCUGGCCGGGCUCACGUCCAACGGCUUCAAGGCGGUCAUGGAUAUCGACACACUGGGUACGUUCAACACGAUCAAGGCCACGGUCGACCACCUGGCCGUCUCGGCGAGCCGCCACCCGAGCCCCAACGCGACCGCCGAGCCGCCGGGCGGCCGCCUGCUGGCCGUCUCAGCUACCUUUCACUACACCGGACUGCCGCUGCAGGCGCACGUGUCGGCGGCCAAGGCCGGCGUCGACAGCCUGAUGGCCUCAGUGGCGCUUGAGUACGGUCCGCGCGGCAUGCUGGCCAACGUGAUCGCGCCGGGUCCGAUUGUCGGCACCGAGGGCAUGUCGCGGCUGUCAACCGUUGAUACCGCCGAGUCGGCCCAGAUGAGCGCCCGGGGUGGUGCACCCCAUAUUCCCAGCGGCCGCUGGGGUACUGUCCGAGACAUUGCCGACGCCACCGUGUUCCUGUUCAGCGCGGCCGCCGACAACAUCACUGGCCACGUGCUCGUGGUCGACGGCGCUGCGUGGCGGCGGCAGACCGGCUCUGUCGGCGUCGGCCUCGGGCCAGGCAUGGAGUAUCCAAAUUACCUGCUGGGCGAUGGGAGCAACGACAACGGGCAGAAGCCGACAGGCGGAGGUGCUAAGCUGUAG